AUGGUUUGGCCAACUGAAUUUGAUACAAGAUUGGGUGAAUAUGACGCAAUGGAGCUUCCCGGUCAGCAGCUGUCCGCAGCUACGGCGUACAGCCCACUGGACCACGUGCUAAAUCUGGACAUCAAACUGCCGGCGGCGUGUCAACGUCUCACCGGAAUUAUAGCUACUGUAGGGAAAGCAUCAAACGAUGUAGAGACGAUGCAGAGGAUGAUGGCAGCCGGGAUGAACAUUGCUCUCCUCAAUCUAUCUUUCGGAACUCGCGACGAGCACAUAGAUACCAUAAAGAAUUUGCGGCAAGCGGCCAAGAACUACAGCGUGGUGGUCGGAAAGAACUUCCCCCUUGCCAUCGCUGCGCGUCUUCCUGGAAGAAAGAUUAGAACCGGGCAUAUUUCAGAUACUUACGUAGAACCUGUUGAAUUAAUAAGUGGUGAAACAGUACGACUGACCACAGAUGAAACUUACAAAGACAGGUGCUCGAGUAGUAUUGUAUACAUUGACUUUCUUCACUUUGCGGAACAGUUGAAGAAAGGUGAUAUCAUACUUCUGGAUAAUGAAACUAUACAAUUAAAGGUCGAAAUCAUAUCGACUACAACGUUGACUUGCAAAAUCGAGAGAGGCGGGAUGUUAGGAUCGAACAAAGAUGUGUUUGUACCAAAUGUUGUGCUCAAAAUGCCCACUUACUCCGAAAAGGAUAAAGUUUAUAUUGACAUGGCCGUACAUCAUCAGCUCGAUAUCCUUAUUGCAUCAUUUAUUGAUUCAAAAGAUUCGAUUUUAGAAUUGAGGAAUGCGAUGGGAGAAAAGGGAAAAAAGAUAUCUAUCGUCGCUAACAUACAAACUUUAGAAGGCUACUACAAUUUUGAUGAAAUACUCGAGGUAGCUAAUGGUGUUAUGAUAACCAGACAAGAAUUGGGGUCUGAUAUAUCACCGAAGAAAUUAGUUAUCGCUCAAAAGAAUAUGAUUGCUCGCGCUAACAAGGCCAACGUACCCGUCUGCUUGUGCGCGCAUCUUUUAAGUAGUAUGAGAUUUAAUAAAAUACCUCUAAGAGCGGAGCUACUCGAUGUGGCAAACUGUAUAUUGGAUGGAGCUGACGCUUUGGUACUAUCAGCAGAAACAGCCAUAGGAAUUUGUCCAGUAGACACGAUAAGUUGCAUGGCAAGCGCUUGUAAAGAGGCCGAAGCUUGUGUUUGGACUAAGAACAUAUUUCAAGAUUAUGUUGAAAAGACUCCAAUGCCUUGUGACCAAGCGACUGCUAUAGCAAUGUCCGCGGUCCUGGCGGCGUACCGUUCUCUCGCGGCAGCCAUUGUUGUAGUUACCUCUUCGGGAACUUCUGCGUUUCAAGUCGCCAAGUACCGGCCGAGGUGUCCAAUUAUAGCGGUCACCCGUUAUCCAGCACUCGCCAGACAAAUGCAUUUGUACAGAGGUGUUAUGCCGUUGAUUUAUGAAUGUACCCCGGACGCGGAUUGGCAAGUACACCUCGAGCAGCGCAUCAACUUCUGCACGAAGUGGGCCAUGCAGCGUGGUUUCGUGCGUGUCGGAGAUCCAAUCGUUGUAGUCUGCGGAUGGAAGCAGGGCUCUGACUUUACUAACACCAUGAGAAUUGUUUAUGCCACUGCCGAUAUUAACGGCACAUAA